GGCGCGUCACUGGUCGGCGACGGCUUUGUUCCGCACACGGCGGCAGUCACCCAUCAUAUCUUCUCUGAAGAGCUGUUUCAGCCUGAUUGUUAAACAAGUGGAUAACGGUUACUGUGUUCAGUGUUUUGGACGGUGGGCAGCUAUGGCUAAAUCGAGGAACCUAAAAGCCUUUCUGGAAUCUUCUUUGAAUGAAAUUUUCAGAGCGACAGUGAGUGACAUUUUGGAGUCGGUUGAAGAGACCUUGUCUGAAUAUCAGGGCAAAAUAGAGCGAAUAGAGACUGAGAACGAAGAUCUGAGGCGAAGGCUUCAGAAACAGGAUAUCGAUUACGCUCUGGCGAAACCGGAACCAAAAGUUAAGGAUAGUGUUCAUCUUUCCAACUCCAAGCUCCCCAAACUUUCUGCCCCGAAGACAUCUCUAGAAUCCACAGCUAGUCAUGGCAAACGGUGUCCUGCUGAUCGGCGUGAAUACUUACAGGGAAAGCCCAUUGGCUCAGUUCUUAGCUUAGAAGCAGGAGUUAAGGAAAUAUCCAGUGUUGCCGUUUCAACAGUAACCCUUGGUUAUGUAAAGAGUGACCCAGAUGUGGACGAUGGCUGUGCUAUGGACCUUACCAAAACAUCAUCUCCACUCAAUUUGGUGUCCAAGCGAAUCAAAAUGGAGAGCCACAACCUUGACUACCUGAAACCAGAAUAUUCCUCUGACCCGCAGUCCCCACGCUGGCCAGAGACUGGCUCGAAGGAAAGUGACUCUGAUGUGAGGGUUACCAUUGUGUCUGACAGCCACAUGAGCGUUGAGUCAAGUGAGGAAGAGGGAGGUCAUAAUAGGGAGUCCGAACCAGAGGAAGAGGUGUAUGUAAAACCCAAUGAGUUGUACUGUGGUGAGAGGAGAAGAGAUCCAGAGUUUUCUGCCAACGGUCAUAUUUUUCAGGAGUACACAGGCAUGGGGGUGGCUGCUGGGGGGUCAGAGGAAGAGGGGGUGCAAAGCAGGCAGGUAGACAUGUGUGACUCACUUCAGACGUCUGCAUCUACCCUGAGCCUGGGUGCCUCUGAGCUGAGCGAAAACGUACAGGGCUUCUAUCACUGCACCCUCUGCAAGAAGACCUUCAGCAAGAUCGGCUCACUGAACGCACAUUUGCGGAGCCACGUCGAUGAGAAGGUUCAUUGCUGCAACUACUGCGGCAAGCGUUUCGGCCGGGCCGACCUACUCAGGUCCCACAAACGCACCCACACGGGUGAGAGGCCUUUCAGCUGCAACCUGUGCACCAAGAGCUACGGACACCCCGGGCAGCUUCGGAUACACAAGCGAGUUCACACUGAGGAAAGGCCAUAUUGUUGCCCCCACUGUGGGAAAAGGUUUAGUGAACACAACCAUGCUGUAGUGUUGUGA